GAGGAUGGGUGAAGAAUAAGAAGCCACAGUUUCGAUAAUUUUGCGGUUAAAAUGGCGUCUACGAUGCUAUAAAAUGCAAAACCCUUCGGCCGAUCAUUUCAUUUCCCUAAAGUUGGUAACGAAAUCUCGUUAAUAUCUAUCACUGAAUCCCUAAAAUUGAUGUGAAAUUAGCAUUCUUCCCAGACAUGUCUACUCCUGAUUUGUAAUCAAAGUCGCAUUCGAGUAAAAUCAAUCAUGCGGUGGCUAUUGCGGCGGAGCAGCGACGUUGCGCUGAUCGGCGGAACGUCAAAAUUAGGGUUUAAUGAGUUCCGAAGAACGGUGGUUUCGACCUGUAGAGCGGUGCUGGUGCCGCGGUUCGGUGGGGCGGAGGUACUGGAGCUCCGGGAGGAUGUGAUAGUUCCUGAUCUCAAGCCGAAUGAGGUCCUCGUCCGCGCUCGCGCAGUUUCCGUCAAUCCGCUCGACUGUAGAAUUCGUGCGGGCUAUGGCCGUUCACUGUAUGAAUCACUUCUUCCACUGAUAAUAGGCCGUGAUGUUAGUGGUGAGAUUGCAGCUGUUGGCAAUUCGGUACGGUCACUCAGAGUUGGGCAGGAAGUGUUUGGUGCUCUUCAUCCUACGGCAGUGAGGGGAACUUAUGCUGAUUAUGCUAUUCUUGCAGAAGAUGAACUUACCCCAAAGCCAGAAACAAUUUCACAUGUGGAAGCUAGUGCUAUUCCUUUCGCUGCCCUGACUGCUUGGCGUGCACUGAGAAGUAUAGCAAGAAUAAAGCAGGGGCAAAGAGUGUUAGUGGUGGGCGGAGGUGGAGCUGUGGGCUUUUCUGCAAUUCAGCUAGCAGUGGCUGCAGGAUGUCAUGUCUCCACAACUUGUGGAGGGGAAAGUAUAGAGCAUAUAUUGGCUGCUGGUGCUGAGCAAGCUGUUGAUUUUACCACUGAGGGCCAUGAACAAUCAAUAAAGGGUUAUUUUGAUGCUGUACUGGACACAGUCGGCAUACCCGAGACAGAAAAAAUGGGUAUUAACCUUUUGAAGAGAGGAGGGCAUUACAUGACAUUGCAGGGAGAGGCUGCGUCUUAUGCUGAUACCUACGGACUAACAGUGGGCCUUGCUAUGGCGACAACAGUUCUAAUGAAGAAGCAAAUCCAGUGUCGCAUUUCUCAUGGAAUAGACUAUCAAUGGGCCUAUAUGAGGGCUGAUGCUGAAGGUUUAGAUGAAAUUAGGCGGCUAUCUGCAAGUGGCAAGCUAAAGGUACCCGUAGAAAAGACAUAUCCAUUCACACAGGUGAGAGAGGCCCAUGAGGGAAAGGAUAAGAGGAUCGUUACUGGGAAAGUUGUUCUAGAACUCAAUUAGCUGAGACAUACCAUGCCAACAAGCCUGAUAUUCCCUUCCUUAACGUGGCGGGCAAUCUAUUAUUCAUCAGUUGCACAAAGAUUACAGGAAGUUGGAAAUCUCAAUCUGUACAUCUCUCAGCUGUAGCUUUCAUGUUUGAUCGUAGAGAAUGAAUAAAAUGCAAUAUGAGUGGUAACGAGUAAGGUUUUGGCACCCCCUCUCCCCCCUUUCAAAUGCAGUUUGAGUAUAAUAGUCACCAAGUGAGAAUAAAGUGAUAGACAAGUGUGUCUCUUAAAAUGUUUUUGAUGCUCAAAUUUGAGUAUGGGAGUGGCAUGCUUUCAUUAGGCAA